AGUUCCACGUGAUCGUAAAACAGGAAGUGGUAUCACCUAUCUUCAGCUUCACGGAGCUUCACGAGUAGCAAGAGGUCACCGUGCAACAUGAGAUUUUCACAUAACUGAAUUAAUAUCUUAGUCGUCACACACGGUGCACUGAUUAUUGGUGGGCCAGAGGAGUAGGCAGGGGGGGUCGUGAUUGCACCCAGCCAUGAAUAGAACUAUGUGGGCCUCCAUGUUGUUGCCCUGGGUCUUGCGGAAGGGUCCCUAUAAAGCUCGCCUCUCCAGCACCCCAUUCUGGCAGCGAGCCUGGCCCCCCCCCACCCCGGGCAGAGCGCACUCCUCGGACGUCAAGGUGCGUUCCUACCUGCAGUACCUGAAACGGAAGAUCAGGCCGCCCCCGACCCCGCCCUACAGCCACGUGUGCCAGGUGGGCGACCCGGUGCUGAGGGGCAGGGCGGCGGAGGUGGAGGCAGCGGCGGUGUGCGGGGCGGAGGUGCAGAAGGUGAUCGGGACGCUGGUGCGGGUGAUGCGUAGGCUGGACUGCGUGGGCCUGAGCGCGCCUCAGAUCGGCGUGCCCCUGCGCAUCCUGGCGCUGGAGUUCCCCGAGCGCAUGCUGCAGGACGGCUCUCCCGCCGGCCGGGCGGCUCGCGGCCUGGCGCCCGUCCCGCUCCGCGUCUUCGUCAACCCGCGGCUGCGUGUGCUCGACUCGCAAACCGCCUCCUUCCUGGAGGCCUGCGAGAGCGUCGCCGGCUUCUCCGCCUGCGUGCCGCGCUACCUGUCCGUGGAGGUCUCAGGCCUAAAUGAGCACGCAGAGCCUGUUACCUGGCAGGCGAGCGGCUGGCCGGCUCGGAUCCUGCAGCACGAGAUGGACCACCUGGACGGGGUCCUGUACAUCGACCGCAUGGACAGCCGCACCUUCACCAACAUCCACUGGGCGGAGCACAACGAGUGACCGCACGCUGACCGCACAGUCCGCCGCACCUUCACCUACAUCCACUGGGCGGAGCACAACGAGUGACCACACAGUCCGCCGCUCCUUCACCAACAUCCACUGGGCGGAGCAGGGGUGGGGGGACCCCUUCCCGGAGUGCUGCUGCCACGUUCCAUUUGUGCCCGUUUGCACCAGUCACCCUGGCUCAGUCGACUGUGUACACCAACGUUGGUUUACUUGUACAGCAAGUUAUGGAGAGAGAAAG